AUGUCAAAAAUUGCUAAUCGAACUAUUCCGAUACCUCAAAAUGUAAAAGUUAACUUAGGCAAGGAAAAAAUUUUUUUCGAAGGUCCCUUAGGAAAAAGCAAAGAAUUAACUAUUCCCCACCAGUUAGAAAUUACCAACCAGGAAGGAAAUAUGUUUACCAAAUCAGAAAAUACCGCUUUGGCCGGAACUUAUAAUUCCCUAAUUUCCAAUCUGAUAGAAGGAGUGGUGAAAGGGUAUGAGGAUAUUUUGGAAGUAAAAGGGGCUGGUUUUGGAGUGAAUUUGAAAGAGGGAAAAUUAGAGUUUUCUUUGGGUAAAUCUCAUUUAAUUUAUGUGGUUAUUCCUCAAAAUUUAAAAGUAAAAAUCGAAAGAAACAAAAUAAUAGUUAAAGGUUUAGAUAAACAGGAAGUUAGAAGUUUCACCGCUAAUGAUAUUAGACCUCUAUGUAUGCCAAGUGUCUAUAAAUUAUCUAAGGGUUGGAAAGGAAUUUAUUAUAGCGGCGAAGAAAAAACUCUCAAACUGAAAACCGGAAAAUCAGUAAAACAUAUAACUAUUUCUAGUCCCCAAAAAGUUUCAGAGGGUAGAUUAGCGGGCUUUUAUGCUUGUGAAGUUAGUUUACCAGAAAUAGGAAUAAUGGAACACCCAUUUUUUUCGGCUAAUCCAGUUGAAACGCUCGGAAUAGCCGUUGAGUGUACCAAAAUAUAUUUACAAGGUCUUAUUUCUCGUGGUUAUACUAUUAGCGAAGUAGAAAAUGCCCAAUAUAAGAAAAUUAACGUGGAAGAGGCGGUGGAAGAAAUUGGGAAAAUGGGUUAUUUUUCUCUCUCAAUUUUACAAGACAAAAAAAAACAAGAGCAAAAAUUCAAAAGUCGGGAAGUUUUGAAUUAUCUCCAAAAUGAACGACAAAUAGACAAAACAAUAAUCAACCGUUUUAGUUUAGGGUGUAUUUACGAUUUUUUCUCUCCUCAAAAAUUAAUCAUACCAUUAGCCAACCCCGAAGGAAAGGUAGUGGCUUUUGCCACUCGGAAAAUUGAAGAGGCAUCGACCAGCGAACCCAAAUAUAAAUACUUGCCUAGUUACCAUCAUUAUCAUAAAUCCUCUUUAUUGUAUAACUAUCACUUGGUAAAAAAACUCCGCACAGAAGAGUGUUAUUUAGUAGAAGGUUUUUUUGAUGUAAUUAGUUUGAAUAAGUUAGGGAUAGAAAAUUGUCUGGCUCUGUUAGGAACCAAUUUAUCCGAAGAACAAAUUAGACUUCUAAUUGAAUUAAAGAAAAAAAUUAUUCUUUUUUUAGACAGCGAUGAAGCCGGUCAGGAAGCCACUAUUAACGUAGCAGUGAAGUUAUUGUUGAAAGAUAUUGAUUGCGAAAUAGUAAUAAACCAUUACGGAAGCGACCCAGACGAGAUUUGUCGGCAAAAAGAUAAAGCGGCGGUGCAAGAUAUUAUUAGUGUCAAAGAGAAUCCUUAUCUAUUUAUCCUUAAUCGGUGUUUUGUCAAAUGA